AUGCAUCAUUUGCCGACCGAAAUUAUCCUGGCUGUCGCCGCAAAGCUGGAGAAGGAGAGGGACAUUAGUGCGCUAGCACGGACGAAUCGCCGCGUCUUUUCUUGCCUCGAACAUUUUCUUUAUUGUCGCAAUGCCCAGUAUUCUCUUGGCUCGGCACUUCAAUGGGCUGCUGUCAACGGUCAGGAGCAAACAACAAAAAGAGCAAUAUUGGCUGGCACUCACGAAAUAGAUGAGGCCCGAAGGGUUCACUGGAUUGGUCAGGCCCUAUGUGCGGCCGCGGCGAACGCGCAGGUCAUCGUGGUAAAACUUCUUUUAGACGCAGAAGGGGCAAAUGGAAAUUUCAGUUCCCUCGAUGAUCGCCGAACACCACUUCAUUUUGCGGCAACCGCAGGGAACAGAGCUAUUACAAAGCUCUUGUUAGACACACCGACGGUGAAAAACAGCCCAAGAGACUGCAAUUCCCUCACACCGCUAUCAUUGGCUGCUGGAGGUGGCCGUGAAUCUGUUGUAAAGCUUCUACUAGAUUCCAAUGCGGAAAUCGACUCGAGGGACGAUACUGGACGGACACCGCUAUCAUUGGCUGCUGGAGGUGGCCGCGAAUCUGUUGUAAAGCUUCUUCUAGAUUCCAUGGCGGAAGUCGACUCGAGGGACUAUACUGGACGGACACCGCUAUUAUGGGCAGCUGCCAAGGGCCACCACUCUGUUGUCAAGAUUCUGCUAGAUUUCAAGGCCGAUAUCAACAUAAGAGAUAAUAUUGGCCGAGCACCGCUAUCCUGGGCAGCUGCGAAGGGCCACAAGUCUGUUGUUGAGACUCUGCUAGAGUCAAGCCCCGAGCUUGAUCCAAAGGACAAUAGUGGGCGGACCCCGCUGUCAUUGUGUGUUGCCACCAAGGGCCGUCAGACCGCUCAAAAAACUAAGAACCGCGAAUCGAUCGUCAGGCUUCUACUAGGGUUAGGGGCCAAUCUCGAAUCGCGGGAUGAUUCGGGCCGAACAGCGCUCUCAUGGGCUACCGAGUCUAAAGACAGUGAAGCCAUCGUCCAGAUUUUGCUAGAUUCUGGAGCAAACAUUCUUUCAAUGGACAAUUAUGAACGAACACCGCUCUCACGGGCAGCUGCUAAAGGAUACGAAUCUGUUUACAAGCUUUUUCUACGUCAAAAGAGGACUGAUUUGGAUUCUAUUGACGCUGAAUGCAGCCAAUCAUUACUAUGGGCCGCGAGCAAGGGCCAGCGGGCUAUGGUCGAGCUUCUACUGGAUUCAGGAGUCCAGAUCGAUUCGACUAAUUCAAAUGGUCAGACACCACUGUCAGGUGCCGCCGAAAAAGGCUACGAGUCUAUUGUUGAACUUCUCCUCAAGCUGAAGCCUGAGAUCGAUUCGAGAGAUAAUGAUGGCCAGACACCACUAGCAUAUGCCGCUCAAAACGGCUGCGACUCUGUUGUUCAACUUCUUCUCAGAUCAAAUGCGGAUAUUGAUUUGAAAGACGGUCGUGGCCAGACAGCUCUAUCACUCGCCGCCAGAAAGGGCUAUGCGUCUACCGUCAAGCUUUUACUAGAAUCAGGAGCCCAGAUCGAUUCAAGAGAUAAUCGCGGUCAGACAUCACUAUCUAUUACCGCUCAAAACGGCUGCGACUCUAUGGUUAAACUUCUUCUCAAAUCAAACGCGGAUAUUGAUUCGAAAGAUGAUCGUGGCCAGACACCUCUAUCGCUUGCCGCUGAACGGGGUAGGAAGUCAAUCGUCGAGCUUCUACUGGAUGCGGGGGCCGAGAUUGAUUCGAGGGAUUCCAAUGGUCGAACACCUCUGUCAUUGGCCGUUAACUCUUUGCAUGGCGAAUCCGUUGUCACGUUCCUUCUAAAUACGCGGAAAGUGAAUAUUGAAUCAAGAGAUAGCAACGGUCGUACGCCGCUAUCAUGGGCUGCCGGAGGGUACUCCAGAUCCAAUAUCGAAAAUCUGCUGAAUUUGGGCGCCAAAAUUGACCUGGAAGAUUAUGAUGGCCGCACACCACUAUCAUGGGCAACCUCCUGCGGCCUGGGGGUCAAUCUUGUGAAGAUUCUGAUAGGAAAGGGCAGUGCAAAAAUCGAUUCAAGGGACAAUAAUGGCCGUACACCAUUAUCAUGGGCCGCAUCUGCAUUGUCUGGCGAGGAUUCUAUCAGGUCAUUGGUAGAGACGCGGCAGGUGGAAGUCGACUCGAGGGACAACAGUGGACGUACACCGUUAUCAUGGGCUGCCUCUUCCUUUCACGGCAGUCCUAUUAUCAGGCUAUUGCUUGAAACUGGAAGAGUGGACGUCAAUGCACCUGACAACAAUGGUCGUACACCAUUAUCUUGGGCUGCCUCUUUUCAUAGCCACUCCAAUAUCAUGCUCUUGCUUGAUGCAGGAGUGGAUGUCAAUUCAAGAGACAAUAGUGGCCGCACACCGUCAUCAUGGGCUGUCAAAAAUGGGAACCAGUGCAUCGCCAAUAUCCUGGCAGAUGCGGAUCUCUAG